UUUUUUUUUUUUUGGUUGACAAUGGGAGUGAUCUACUUCACUUUUUCAUCAUCUUGGCAGACUGACUGAAAAACUGUGCUCGGCUCGGUUCAACCGGUGCAACUGAUUCAGUGAAAAGAUUCCGCUAGUACGACUAAUUCUAUCUGACGAGAUUUUGGAGUAAAAAUCUGGAGUUGGACAGCAAAUCAUCAUGGGGAUCAAAACAUUAUUGUUUUUAGUUGUAAUCGCACAUAUAUGCAUUGCCACCUUUAAUGAGAGCUCUGUGAGUAACUUUGAACAGACUGAUGGGCCAGUUGAUGACAAGAAGUCUUCAAACCAGACGUUUAAUGAAUUUGGUUCAGGAGCACCAGAGAAAUUUAUGGUAGGCAGUUUUGCUGCUAUACCAGACAUUUUGUCCUCUCGGGACCAAGCAGAGCUCAACUCCUCCUCAUUGUCUAUCUCAGACGAGGCUGAUGAUUUCCUCAAAGGCCCAGUGGUCACACGCAUCAUGCCCUCGUUCUACAUCGUCAUCAUCCUCAUUAGUUUGCCCCUGAAUGCUUUGGCCUUGGUGACGUUCACAUGUAAGAUUCGAGUGAAGAAACCAGCUGUGAUCUAUAUGUCUCACCUGGCGUGUGUGGACCUGCUCUUCACUCUUCUGCUGCCUCUGAAGAUCCACUACCAGCUGAACGCUUCAGAUUGGGUGUUCGGUGAGGCGGUGUGUCGUGUGAUCAGUGCAGCUUACUACUGCUACAUGUACUGCUCCAUACUGCUGAUGAUGUGCAUGAGUGUGGACAGGCUGCUGGCCGUGGUGUUUCCCGUUGCCUCUCUGACCUGGAGGAGUGCAAGGAAAACCACAUAUGUAUGUGUGCUGGUCUGGCUGCUGGCGAUCGCUGGUACAGUGCCACUUCUCUCAAUAAGACAAACAUUCAAGAUCAAGGAUGUGGGCAUCACCUGUCAUGAUGUGCUGAUCCAUUACAAGCUGUAUGUGUACCUGUUCUUCACCCUAACCUGCGUCUACUUCUUUGUGCCACUAAUCAUCACCUUAGUGAGCUACUCCAUCAUCAUAUAUGUGCUCCGUGUAAAGUCUGAUCUCUUAGCUAUAUCACCCUCAUCUUCAGGCAGUCGAAGGAGAGCUGUGAUUAUGGCUAUCGCCGUUCUGACUGAGUUUGGAUUGUGCUUUGCUCCAUCCAAUUGCAUCCUGUGGUACCACUGUUAUAUUUUAGCAACUGGAAACAACAGUGAGGAUGAGGAUUCAUCAUAUUCUGCUUACCUGUUGGCUUUGUGUUUGGGGAGCACAAGUGUUUUUCUGGACCCUCUGCUGUACUACUACGGCUCGUCUCAGAGCAGACAGAAGAUCAGCUCUGUGUUUAGGAGGGAAAACACAACCUCAUCAUGUAACACACAGACCAAAUCCACAGAUGCUACUAAAAUCAGGCUUUUGGUUUUCCAUAACUUAUAAUGAAAUGAUAUCUUGCAUGAAUUGUUAAAAUGCUACUACUGUACUUGUUGAGUUUGUCUGAUCAAAAGCAGAAGGAACAUGUAACAGUUGCCUAGCCAUUAAUGUAUUUUGCAAAACUUAGAUAUGGUUUAACUUCUCUAUUUUUUAAAGUCACUUAAUUUUUAUUUCACACGAUCUUUGACUCAGACCUCAGCAGGUUGUUUUAGCUAUAAUACUGUUAAGACUUCUAUAUGUAAAUAUCUGUACUCUGUGAUUGUAGUUUACAUUGAUUGUAGUCAUUCCUCAGUAAUGUUGCUGAGAACUGGAAAAGCAUUGAUAUGUAAAAUGAGGGAAGGUAAAAUGAUUUUCAAAGAAAUGAGGUCUUGAUUUAUUUUUUUAAUAAACUAGUGAAAUAGUAGUCCAUGUAAAGAUUUCUUCGUGGAAGGAAAAAAAAUAAUAAUAAUAAUUGAUGUUAAUCAAGCAACAAAAGAAAGAAAGAAAAUCACACGCUGCUCUUGACUGAAAAAAUUUAGUAGCCCUAAAGAUUAAUCUAAAUGUAUUUAUAUAAAUGAAUAUGUCUGCUUGAAAGAAUGAAGAAUAUGAUAAACAAGUUGCUAUAAAGUGUGCAUAAUUAGCCUGUAUAACCAUUGGUGUUUCAUUCAUCUGGAAGAACAUCUUCUUGAUCUUUAUGAGAAGUGGUUUUAUUUCAUUUUAACAUAAAGGCAUGUUGUGUGUCACCACAGUUAAAUCGGUCUAUUAUGAUAAAUCAUUAAACUUAUAUAAUGAAUUUAGAAAAAUUGUAGAGAAAUGCUUAAUUGCAUUGUAACCCAUUAGAUUUUAGCCGACUAAAUUUACUGUAGAUUUAUGACUAAUAUAUGACUUAAACUAAAUGGCAUUUUUGUCAAAAGCCUAUGACUAAAACUAAAUCACUUUUUUUUUUAAAUGAACACUGUAUCACACACGUCUGUGUGUGUACCUGUUCUCAUCCUCUCUUGCCUGCACUUCUUCUUGCCACUGGGCUUCACCUUGAGCGAGCUAUUCCACCAUCAUAUAUGUGCUCUGUGUAAAGUCUGAUUGUUUGGCAACAUCAUCCACAAACAAGCGAAGGAGAGCUGUGAUUACAGCUAUAGUUGUGCUGAUGGGAUUGUAAUGUCCUUUGCAACCAAUGGCAUCUUGCUGUACCAAUGUGUUUGUUUAGCCACCAGAGGCAGCAGUGAGGAGGGGAAAGCUCUCUGAUUUGCUGGAGAAAGACAAAAAGCACAACUACACUAACAAACACAACCAGUCAAACAAAAACCUCUAACCUGAGCUGAACACUUUAAGCUGGGAUAUGAUGGUUAUUGUUUUGUUCUAAAGAUUAAUUAAAAAAUGUCAGAUAAUUGAUGUUCAGUGUCUUCAAGUGCCAGUUUUAAAUGACUGCUUGAUAUGAAUAUUUGUAAUAUUUGUCUGUGUACAAUAAUAUAUCCUAUAGCAUAUAUACAAUCAUAUUGUGUCUUUGAAAUUUGAAAACAUUGUAUUUUUAUUAAAAUGCCUUUAGUUUGUAUCUAAAAAAUGAAGGUGUUUGUAAAGUUUGUAUAGUCAUGCUUUCUUUUGCAAUAUGUAAACACGCAUUUGCAAUGCUGAUGAGUGUAACUUCCCCUUUUUAUAAUCUACUGUACUUACAAUUUGUAUAAAUGUGACAAAUAAAAUAAAACAAAACAUGAGAGUUCUCAUUUCAUCAACGUCAU